AAAAAUCUAGGAGAGCUAAACGACAGCAUCACAAAUUCACGAAACGAAAGUAAAUAUACUCCCUUUUUCAGUAAUAGAAUAUUUCUCUUUCUUUUUCCAUAAAACUUGUUAAAAUGGUGUCCCUUUUAUCAAGAGUUAUCAAACAUUAAUCUCUCUCUAGCCCAUCUCCUCUCUCUCUCAAUCCAACCGGCAGAACUCGAUAUCAAUUUCAAGAGGUUUGAAGUUAUUUUUACAGUCACUGCCUUUAGCACAUUAGUGUGGAGACAAGUUUGAGUGUCACAAGGGACUGAAAUUGGCUCUCUUUGAUCUAACAAAAUGACAGAAAUUUUUGGAUAUACGGCUUGCAGACAUUUAUCCCAGAUGUUUCUGGCUGUUUUCUUUUUUCAUGGUUCUGAAUACGUUUUAGCGGCUGCUAUUCACGGGAGAUCAAAAGUUAAUCUUAGUUCACUUUUGAUCAGCAAAGCUUAUGUGUUUGCGAUGAUGUUUUCAUUGCUCGAAUAUGUCGUUGAGAUUGCUUUAUUUCCUGGGUUGAAGGAAUAUUGGUGGGUAAGCAAUUUAGGUCUCGUGAUGGUUACAAUUGGAGAGAUUAUUCGGAAACUAGCAAUUAUAACAGCUGGACUAGCAUUCACGCAUCUGAUUAAGGUUUAUCAUGAGGAGCACCAUAAUUUGAUUACUCAUGGAAUCUAUAGGUUUUUUCGCCAUCCAUCAUAUACUGGUUUUUUAAUCUGGUCAGUUGGCACUCAGAUAAUGUUGUGUAAUCCCAUAUCGACAAUUGGAUUUGCAAUUGUUGUCUGGCGCUUCUUUGCUCAACGGAUACCAUACGAAGAGUUUUUCUUGAGGCAGUUUUUUGGGUUGAAGUACGAGGAAUAUGCUUUGCGAACUCCUUCUGGGGUUCCUUUUGUGAAGUGAAAUCUUAUGGUGUCUGCACAAACAGUUGAACUCAUCUGUAGCACUCAUCUUGCUUCAUGAAGAUAGCUUCAGAAAAGUUCCAGUGAUGCUUUCUUGAAGAGAGAUGGAACUUCUUUGAAGCUGAACUGAUCAUCCCAGUGAGCUUAAAUUUGCCGUUACUACAUUAGGUGUUAAAGCUGACUCUAAUUUCUUGUUGUCAAUCCAUUUAAAAUUUCCAAAUUCAUUGGAAUGGGAUAAUUUUUGUUCUUUGAUCCUACACCAAGACUGUAAGUCUGUAAUCUUGCGUAUGCUUUAAACAAUGAUAUUUUUAUUUAUAUGCUCA